AUGUCAGAUUCACCCGAAUAUCAACAACAGCAAGAAGGAUCCGUUAAACGCAAAAGAUUAGCAUUGGCUUGCAAUGUGUGUCGACGCAAAAAGAUCAAGUGUGAUGGAGUCAAGCCUACAUGUGGCAAAUGCGAACGUUUUCAUCAAGAAUGUACAUACACUGACGUCGUCAAGAAGAGAGGACCCAGACAAGGACACAUUGAUUUACUCGAACAGAGAUUACGAAAGAUGGAAGAGCUGAUUACAACAGGCAGCUCUGUCCUAGAAGCUUCACCUUCAUCCUUACCCAUGGUAGAGGAGCCGAUAAACAAGUCAGCAUUGCCACGUCCCGCCUCAUCCGCACGCACAACAGCAGAGUCGCCAUCAUUACAGUCUACCUAUACCACCAAUACCACCACACUUACUCAACCUGCAUUGGCAUUGCCGAAACCAACGCCUGAUGCCAAGUGUGAAUGGCCAGCAAUGGAUGUCGUUCAACACUUGGUGGACAUCUAUUUCAUGCAUUUUGAGACAUUAUCACCUAUCGCUGAUGUCAAGGGAUUCAAGGCAAACAUACUCAACAAAACAUGCAACACAUUUCUAUUGUAUGCCAUCUUAUCCGUAGCAGCAAGAUUCUCAAAGCGGCCUGAUAUAGCGCAGCAGCCACUGUGGAUGGCGGGAGAAAAGUUUGCAGAGAUAGCAAGAUCCAUGCUGAAUCAAGUGAUAGAAGCACCGUCCAUGGAGCAUGUCCAAGGUCUAUUGAUACUGAAUUUGCAUGAGUUUGGAUGUGCGCGUAGUAUGCGAUGUUGGAUGUAUUCUGGCAUGGCGAUCCGUAUGGCGUUUGAAAUGAAUUUGGAGAAGGAGCUGAUGUUCGAAGAGAGUCCAGGCUGCAUCCUGCCGGUGGAAAGGUGGUUCUGGUAUGAAAACAGGCGCAAGCUCUAUUGGGAUACAUUUCUACAGGACAAGCUGAGCAGUUCCAUGACAGGCAAGCCGCAGAUGAUGGAUUAUUUGGACAGUGAUGUGCUGCUACCCAUUUACAACAGCUCGCUGAACCUAGAAUCCACUGGUGAAUUCUACCAGCAGAAUUUGGAUGGCACUAAAUUGGUACGCUACAAUGUGCACCGUGACCCCAUGGGCAUUGUUACUGGCGUGCAAAUGACACCAAUUCCUCUCUCAACACUAAAAAGCGACGCGCAUCUGUUUAGUCAAGUGGGGCUGGAAUCACGCACCAACGAGCUGUACGUGUUACUGGGUAGAAUAGCACGCUUUGUCAACAGACGGUUCAAGGACCUGAUCUGCUUGGAGAACAAUGUUGAAUUUGAUGAGCUGAAUCGCGCCCUGGACAGCUGGGAGACACGCUUACCUCACCAACUCAAGAACUCGCCCGCUAAUCUCGACUAUUUCCGUCAAGUGCACACAUUUCAUUCUGGACAGUUUGUGCUGGCCCACAUGCUGCACAACACUUUGAUCGUAUUGCUCAAUCGACCUUCACUGAUUUUAGCGGAUAUGCCGAAAUUGGGCCAAGUGACACAGGCCAUGCAGGAUAAAGUCCAUCAAAGUAAAGAAAAGUGUCUGGCUGCGGCUGACAAUGUCACCAUCAUGCUCAAGGACCUGCUGUCUCAUUUUGACAUUAUACCGCCUUCCACCAUCUAUUUUGCUUAUACAACAGCCACGGUGAUGGUCAAUAACAGCUUUAGUGUGGAUCCCGAAGAGUGCAAGAGAUGCGAUACAGCGCUGCAAGAGUACUACAAGUUUUUCGAGGGCAUGAAAGUGUACUGGGCCAUGUCUGAUAAAAUGUACUUUUUGGUCAAAGAUUUGUACGCCAUCCACAUGAAGGUCAUAGACACUGUCCAAAAGAGCCAAUUAGCGUCAGCAGGUGGAUCCAGCGGCUAUGAGGCUGGAACCACAAGCAGUUCAUUCGAAUCACCCGUCAGCAGCAAUGCCACGCCCUGGAACUCGACCACCAGCGCAGCGAACGAAGUCUUUACAAGGAGAUUGCCUCUCGCAGAUAUGGCCAUGAUCUCGGAAUCAUCAUCAUGGAACAAACAGCCAUUCCACUAUCCUACCGCUGCUGCUGCGGAACACCCAUCCUCCUUGCAAACCAUAGGCAGAAGCAAUUUUUUCUCAUCGUCCGCAAGAACAGGAGGAGGCAGUAUAUCAUCAUUCGACCUUUGGUUACAACAGCAACAAGAUCAAAGACGCGCAUAA